GAUAGCAGCCAUCGACAAUAAAGAAAUUAGCUGGAAAUGACCAAAUAGCUGAUCCUGAAGGCAGGCAUGAAGCAGGAAUAACGGCUACCAGAUGAAGAACCGUUUAGUGGGUCAAAAUUGGAAUAGCUUUCUUUUUGUGCUGGUUUCUCUCCUUAUCGUCCAGUUCCAAGAAACCCUUGGAGACUGCAAGAAUAUGAUCUUACUUCCGGAGCAACAAGGUUACAAUCUACGUCAUCACAGUGUUCAGAACUUGACUGACGUCACAAAAGACGUUUGCCAGAUCACGUGUUACAUGCACGAGUCAUGCAUGUCGUAUAACUAUUACACGAGGUCUGCUAUUUGUGAGAUAAACGAUUCAGAUGAGUACCGUAACCCCGAUGACCUCGUAAAUAAAGAGGACUCAAUGUACAUUGGUACAGAU